AGGUCCAAUAGGCUGUUGGUUUUAUAUUUUAACAAAACAAUUAACAAUUGAAAAUGCGUGUUAGUAAGAUUUUAAUUCUCAUUCUCAUUGCCUAACAACAAAACAAAGACAAUCAAAGAGAAUUCUCAAUCAAAGAAGAAAUACAUUUGGAUUAUCAAAAAUAUCUGUGAAGGAUUUAAGUGGAAAUUACUUCAAUUACUUCAAAAUGGAUAUUGAAAAAGAGUGUACACUCUUGGGAACUUUGUUUCAAGCAAUUGUCACUGAUCUAAAGGGGAGUUCCCCAGCUUGGGAAGAUUUCGUAAACAAAGGCACGAAAUUACAUAACCUGUUAAAAGCAACUACAGUAGCCAUGUCUUCUUUUCUGGAAUCGAUUCAAAAAAUCGCAGAUUUUACGACAAAUACAAAAGGUUCGACAAAGGACAUUGGAAGUGCCCUCACCAGAAUCUGUGUGCGACAGAAAAUGAUGGAAAACAAAUUGAAACUGUUUACUAAUGCUCUACUGGACAAUCUUGUUGUUCCGAUCCAAGAAAGACUGGAGGAAUGGAAAAAGGUGGCAAACCAAUUAGAAAAGGAUCACGCUAAAGAUUAUAAGAAAGCAAUGCAUGAUAUAAAGAAACGAAACGGUGAAACUAUAAGACUACAGAAAAAAGUUCGAAAAGGUAGUAAACCAGAUCUCCACCAGCAACUAAACUCAGCCAUGCAUGAGGUGAACGAUCGCUUCACUUCAUUGGAGGAGACGGAGAAGUCAGCGUUGCGGAACCUCCUGGUGGAGGAGAGAACAAGGAUCUGUCUCUUCGCAAACUGCCUGUCUCCUGUUUUGGACAUGGAAGUUUCAAUGUUAAACGAAGUGAGCAAUCUUCACGAACUUACAUCUGAUGUUGCACGUUUGUGUCGUAACCCCAAACAGCUCCCAACAUCAACUGACCAACUUGUACAAGACUUUAUCGCGGUGAACAGUCAAGCUCACCCAUCCUCCCCACUACCAGAUUGUGGAUUAACAAACGGAAUAUCUUUCACUCCUCACGGACUCUCCCCUCCCGCCUCCCCAAGUUCUAACGAUAGCAGGAAGUCCUCCGUGUGCAGCUUGAACAGUAUCAAUAGCUCGGAUUCAAGAUCCAGUGGUUCACUUACUCAUAAUUCAUCAUUCAACCACCAUAGAUACCAGGGUUACCACCGUCGUACACCAAGUGGAAGCACGGGCGGACACGGGAGCCCGACAUCGUGCAAAUCGGCUCCCUCUAGUGUUGCAGUGGCUCGUCUAUCGUCUGUAUCCUCUCAUGACUCCGGCUUCGUUUCUGCCGGCAACGGGAACAUCAUGGCUGCUCCCCUCUCUCUCACACCAUCUAGUGGGCUAACUUCACCUCCCGUUACGACUAAACCUCCGAUUGGUUUAAACAUGGACAAGGUCCAGAGGUCCGACUCACUUCAAGACGGGGUUUCCCCUAUUAUAAGAUCACGACCAAACUCUGGACAUAUUACUGAUGGACCACUGACACCCGGUGGUCAAAAUAAGCAGAUAUUCUCGUGGAAGGAUUGGUCAAAACCAGGUCCAUACGAUCUAGUUAGUCAAUCACAUGCCACUCACACACUACCGAUGGAUUCAAGACGUUCCCACAGUGUUUUACCAAGCAAACCAAGCGGUCCACCCCCCAUCUCACCCAAGCCAAGUAUCCUAUCCCAUCGCCUCUCUUUAGGAAAUCCCCCAGCCCCCCAACCACCCCCACUUCUACAUGCGAACUCAGAACCCAGGUUUUUCGGUUCUAACCCUCCUACCCCACUUUCUGAUGGUUUAAAGUCACCCCCUAUACCCCCAAAAGACCCAUCCUUGUACCCCACUGUGAAAGAAAGUGACCCUCCAUUACCCCCACCCCCAACAACUGACACACCCCGUUUUGAAGCCACCAUGACCCCACUUUGUGAGGAGGCACUACCCCCACCUCCACCAGAAUUGCUCGCUGAUUGCCCCGAAAAUCACGCAACUUUACCCAUGGACCCCCCAGAACCCCGAUAUGUCCCCAAUCCAAUGCCGAGCAAUUUCUACAGCACCAUGACCCUUGGUAGAAAACCAAGCAACCAGAGCUUACAGUAUUCAAGUAGUAGUGGCUACAGUAGUCAGAACACGACUCCUGCAUGCUCGGAAGAUACAAUCGCUUCACAUGAAACUGACUAUGGAGGAUUAGAAGAUAGUGAGGAACCAAACAAUCCUCAAAUACGAAAUAUUCCCGACUACGAACGUUGGUCCACGCUUCCAAGACUACGGGAUAAUAACCAUAGCAACCAACCUAACGGUCGUUCUGCUCCAUCGCACAACAGAAGACCUGCUUCCACAUCUGGUUAUCCAGCCUCACCUAUGGUGUCUACUCAAAUCAACACACCAGGCACCGCUACUAUAAGACGCAAGCCAUCUAGCAAGUUUAACUCAGUUAAACGAUCCUCCAACACCCCCAAACCCGUGCUACCACCCACAGUUCCCAGUAAUGCUGUUUCCAAUCUCAUGUCCACCUUCCAACAGCCUUCUCGUGACAGUCUAUACAGACAGAACUCAACAUAUAAUAAUAAUAACAAUAAUAAUGAAGGUUCUGCAGUUGAUUCAAUGUAUAGUGAGCAGUAUGACCAUUCUUGUGUAGCUAAAGAUUUAACUCUCAAAUUCCAAAGUUCUGACGCUCGGGACGGUUCACUUACCCCCACCCAGACCCCGACUGAUAUGAACUGCACCCCGAAUGGUUUUCAUCAUGAUGUCACAUAUUUUCCGGGAAUGCAGCCAAUUCCUGGUGUAACACCUUUGACCUCUCGUGAUUAACAUAUGGGGUUCUUGCUCCAGUGCAUUUUAUGCCAGGCUUUGUCUGUCCUAUCAUGGAUAACUCUCGCAUACAAUGAGGUCACCAAUUGAUGAUGUCAUGAGCCUCUGAUCCAUGCGCAGCAGAGGAGAAUUGUAAAUAUCUGCUUCUUUUGAAAUCAAAACUGGUUUAAGCUGGCUUCAAGUGGUUCUGGUAACCAAGACUGUUUAAACUCUCAGUGUUUCCAAUCGCUUUCUGAUUCGGUGCUCCUACAACUUGGUGCUAGAGUUUGCAAAAAUCUCCUGGCAACACAUAUGUUAAAUUGUGGCUGUUACACUUGGUAUAGCCAAACUCCAGUUUGCCUUAUUACAUUUAAGCACAAUGAUUCUGCAGCUGUAACAGGCUACAGUACUGUUUCGCAACAUGAUUGAUUGUAACAUCAACCUCUGAUAUAUAUUGUAACUAAUCACAAUAUCGCUUCAUUGCGGCCCGUGUUAUUGAACUGCCGUACUUGAUAUUAAUUGUGUAGGAUUCUUAAGAAUUGUUUUACCUUUCCAAACCUUCUGUUUGAAAUGAAUUUUAAUUUCUUCUCUUUCCCUUUCUGUGUCUUCGUACUUUUAGCGUUUUCGCUGCCUGUGAUGUCACAGUUACUGACAUCAUCAGAGAGAAGACUGAGCUCUAUUAGUUUGAGUACAGAUUUUAUUUCCUAGUACAAUCGUCUUCUAAGUUAUUCUAUGUAAAUAUCCCCGUGUGUUCUCUCAUUGCCACGACAUCGGAUCAAAAGUGGGAAAAUUUAUCUGACGUAAUCACCUUUUUUGCUUUUUCUUUUUGCUUCUCGUGCUAGUAACGCGGUACCACGCAGCGGUGUCGAAAUAAAUUGAAUUACUUUCAA